AAAAUCUGAUCCAGAAAACAGGGGCAAAAGACGCGAAGAAAUAACCCAAUUAGAUCUUAGCAAAGGAAAAACUGGCGGCGAAAACUUAUUUAAUGGCGAACCCAAAAACCUAUUUGGUGACUUAAAAGAAUUAUAUACAAAAAGGAAAAAACUAAGAAAAUUGCAAAUUGAAUUGUCUCUGAAGCUUAAAGAUAGUUUAGCAAAUGUCUUAACUAAAUAUUUUUUUAAAAACCAUAGAAUGAUCGUAGAAGGAAAAGAUGUUAUGGGUUAUUAUAGCAAAAACUUAACCGAUUUAAGAAAUGGGUUGGGAUCAGAUACAGAAGGUCAUAAAAUACUUGAUCAAAUACUGUCUGUGCAAAAGGAAAUAAUUGAUCUGGAAAAAGAAUUAGAAUCUACGACGACACCACAAGUUGAAUUACCUCCGCCUUAUAAUUAUGCUAUUCAAAUAGCUCAUCAAAAAAUAAACAGCAUUGAGACCCUCGACCGCAUCAGAUAUUCUGCGCACAUUGUUACCAUUAAUGAUGAGUCCAAGACUUGUAAUAGCAUAGAUGGUAUGAAACUAGAUAAUAGAUUAGAAGUUCGGAAUAACGUCUCUGAGAGCAUUGAGACCCUCGACCGCAUCAGAUAUUCUGCGCAUGUUACUAUUAAUGAUGAGUCCAAGACUUGUAAUAACAUAGACGGUAUGAAACUAGGUAAUAGAUCAGAAAUUCGGAAUAACGUCUCUGAGUACAUAUCAGUAUAUUCAACUAUUUUUCAAGGGCCUUCUGACAUCGCAAUUACUGAAGCUGAACGAUUAUUCUCACUACUUAAAAACCAGAAAGAUAAAAUUGAUAACAUUUUGGAUUCACAUGCUGUAUAUGCAGUGGGUCCCAAAUUUCAGAAUGAUUAUUCCAUGCCUUAUAUUGCUUGUUGGGUUGCUAACCCUCUUACGGUAUCAAUUAUGGAAAAAAUUUCAGGUUUGUUUAAUCAUGAAUUUGAAGUUGCUUAUCAUUUAGUGAAGGUCAAUGGUAACGAUGGGGGACCAAAAAAUACAUCAAUUGCGAGUGGUAACAUAAGUGGUGAGUUUUCAAUAACUAAUAGUGAUGCAGUCGAACGUGAAGGAAAUGAUGAAAACAGUGAUGAUAAUGAUGAUGAUAGCGAAUAUCAUGAUGCUGACAGUGGUGAAGACGAUAAAACCGAAGAUGGUGGUGAUGAAGACGGUGGUGAUGACGGUGGUGAUAGCGAUGAUGACGGUGAUGAUAAUGACGGUGAGAGUGACGACGAGGUUGACGGUAAAAUUUUAAUUUCUUCGGAAGGUAAAGUCGAAUUUGAGGAUAGAAAAUUAAUUGAAAUUAAAAAUAGAAAAAAAUUUCAAAGCUUUAACAUUACUAUGAAACUCUGGGCAAAUGUCAAACCUAAUGUUAAAAAUAAUGCCAACUCAACUUUAGAGUUUGAGAUCGACUUAAGUAAUUGCGGGGUGACAGAUUUUCUCAGUAACCAGUGUCCGUCUUUAAAUAAAUUCAUUUGCUAUCAUCUCGAUUCGUUAGAAAUCUGUGCCUCUCCGAUUCGGCUAAAGUCCGAUGAUACAUGUAUUAUUAUUCAAAAGAAAAAACAUAAUCCACAUAAAGCUAAUAAUAAUAUAACUUCUACAAAAGUUCAUGAAAAAGACUGUUCCCUAAGUUCCAAAGCAACUUUUGCCAUUGGCAAAAAGAAAAGUCGAAGUUCAACAGCAACAACAAAAGAAUGGACCAUGAGGGAUGAAUUUAGUGAAACUACUGGAAACAAAUGGUCAUAUAGUUUUACUGAUAGCGAUGUAUAUGAUACUUUAGACAAUAGACUUAGCAUUAAUACGGAUUUACAUAAGGGUCAUUGGUACGUCAAGAAUAAAGUAAAAGGAUUUCGUAUAACCAUUACGCAGGUAAUGGGUAGCACCAAUAAACGUAACGUUUAUAAAUACCUAUAUGCAACACCAAAGUUGAUAAAAGAAUAUCCCCGAAUUGUUCACCAACUCGAGAUUUCUUUUACAAAUAUAGAAAAGCUUAAUUCUGACUUUAAAAAACAUGCAAAAAAAGAGUAUCACGAUGGAGGGGAAGCAAUUACUGUUACCUCAAAAAACAACAACCAACCUCUGAAAGAAAAUGGUGAUGAGUUCAUUAAACGUAAAUUAUUCCAGAAAUAA